AGCGGCGGCGGAGGCGGGGCCCGGUGCCGGGGCCUGUCCGUGUGUCCGGCCCGGGGGCUGCCCGGGGAGCGGCCUCUCCCCCCCCGCCCGCCCGUGCCCGCAGCCCCGGCAGGGCAGGACGAUGGUGCAGAGCCCGCCCGCACGGCAGCGCCGCCGCCUCUGAGCCCCGCCCGGCCCGCGGGCCUCAGCCCCGCCGCGGACGCCGGUGAACGAUCAGAAUAAUGUUCUACAUAAACCUGUUGGAGAACCUGAAGGUUUAUAUCAGCAGCCGCCCGCCGCUCGUGGUCUUCAUGAUCAGCGUGAGUGCCAUGGCCAUCGCCUUCCUCACACUGGGCUACUUCUUCAAAAUCAAGGAGAUCAAAUCACCAGAAAUGACAGAGGACUGGAACACUUUCCUCCUGAGGUUUAAYGAUUUGGAUUUCUGUAUAUCUGAGAACGAAACCUUAAAACACCUCCUGAACGACACCACGACCCCCGAGAGCACGGUGAGCAGCGGCCAGGCCAGRUCCUCCACGCAGUCCCCGCAGACCCUCGAGGACUCCGGGCCCAUCAACAUCUCCGUCACUGUCACCCUCACCCUGGACCCCCUGCGACCUUUCGGGGGCUACUCCCGCAAUGUCACCCACCUGAGCUCCACCAUUUUCGGCCACCAGAUUGGACUUUCAGGCAGAGAAUCCCAUGAGGAGAUCAACAUCACCUUCACCCUGCCGGCUGCCUGGAACUCAGAUGACUGCGUCCUGCACGGCCACUGCGAGCAGGUGGUGUUCAGCACCUGCAUGACGGUGACAGCAGCCAGCAGUGUAUUCCCUGUCACAGUUCAGCCACCACAUUGUGUCCCCGAGACCUACAGCAACGCCACUGUGUGGUACAAGAUCUUCACCACGGCCAGGGACUCCACCACCAAAUACGCCCAGGAUUACAACCCCUUCUGGUGUUACAAAGGAGCCAUUGGCAAAGUCUACCACGCUUUAAAUCCCAAACUCACUGUCAUAGUUCCAGAUGAUGAUCGCUCUCUAAUAAACCUGCACCUCAUGCACACCAGUUACUUCCUGUUCGUGAUGGUGAUCACCAUGUUCUGCUAUGCAGUCAUUAAAGGCAGGCCCAGCAAGCUGAGGCAAAGCAAUACAGAAUUCUGCUCGGAAAAGGUUGCUUUGUCAGAAGCAUAAARAUCCCCCUCCUCUCCUUCUACCGAGAACGACCGACCCCAAACCAUUGCCUGCUGAACCCAGCCUGGGUCUUAACACUCUGUGAAUCCAUUUCCCUUUGCAAUGUUGGUUUAUUCCAACCAAAGACAUUUCAAAGUGCCUGUAAUUGAUUUGUACAUAUUUAUAAAAGUUAAUAAUAUUCCAGAGUAGGUCCGAGGAGAUGCGCUCAUCCYGUGGGAUCCUCCAGCCCUUCCCUGGGGAUUUUGGUGUUGCAGUGAUGAGGCUCCCCAGAGGCAGAGCUGGGCAGGUGAAGAUGCCUUUGCAAUUGUCUCAAACAGAGYGACAGAAGUUUGGUUUGUUUUUUUUUUUGCCCAAUCUGUACAGUGUGUUUGAACCAAGUAUGCACCUUUGAUAUAAUAACUGCAUUUCCAAAGCCACCAAAUUCACCACAUGGAUUCAAUGUGUGUUUGCGUGGCCUAAUACUUUAUUCCGUUUGCUCCUUGCUUGCAAGAAAAGAUAUCAACAUUUUAGAUUUUUUUUUUCUUUUUGGAGGAAAAAAAAAGAUACAUAUUCACCUUUUUAAUAGUGCUGUAUUUAGGACAAACUUGUGCUUUUAUUCAUAGUAAAAAAAAUUAAGAAGUGAAGUCCCAUUUUAAACUGUUACUUACUGAAAAGAACUGUUUGAUUUUUUUGGUUUU